AUGAAUAUUGCUAAUAAAUUUCUGCAUGGCCAAUUGCAAGGACAACCCCAGUCCAAUUUACAAACACAACAAAUUUUAUUACAACAACUCCAUCAAGGUCAAAACCAACAACAGCAACAACAGGGCCAACAACAAGGACAACAUGCUUCUGCUGGUUUAUUAGGAUCAGCUUUUCAACCAGGUGAAAGUUUUGGUGAAGGGUUGGGUCAAAAUAUGUAUCAAAACAACUAUCAACGUACCCAACCAUCCUCAUUGCAACAACAACAGCAACAACAUCAGCAAUUCUUUCCUCAAUUUCAACAGGCUCAACAAGGCCAACCACAACCACAAGCUACUAACAAUGGUCUGCAAUUGCAACAACAACAACAACAACAACAACCUUAUCAACAAAAUCAACAGAUCCCACGACAACCUGCACAUCUUCAACCACAACAACAGCAAGGACAGCAACAACAGUUUUACACUCCACAACAAGCUGCUGUACUUCAGGUUCAACAACAACAACAGCAACAACAAAUUCAACUUCAAGCACUUCAACAACCUUCUAUGCUUCAGAUGAAUUCUACUACCGUUGAGAAUCCCAACUCAGUUUACUGGCAGCACCAACAGCAAUUAUGUCAAAUAUCAAGAAGUGCAAAUGUUCCUCAUUAUUAUGCAAGACAAUACGCGUCUAAUUCAAGAAAAGUCAAGAAUCCCUAUAGUGAUGUAAAGUCAGUUGGGUUGGUUGAGGCUACCAAAACCAUGAUUCAAAGUCUUGAGGAAGAAGAAAAGAAGAAGAAAGCCGCACUUUUCCCAGGUACACCAACUACUUCAUCAGCAUUAUUACACAACAAAAAGAACCCACAAGAUAGUAUUGAUGAUGAUUCUAUGGAAGAACAAAGAAUGAGACUUAAAACGCAAGGUAGACAAUUAUGGUGUCAAUUGGAUUUGAGUGGACAAGGUUUGGUUAAUAUUUCACCAAAAUUGUUUCAUUAUGAUUUUUUGGAAUCUUUAUAUUUGAAUAACAACAAAUUGACUACUAUCCCACCAUCCAUCAAGAAAUUGAGAAGUUUGAGAACUUUGGAUAUAUCACAUAAUAGAAUAAGUGAAUUACCAGAGGAAUUGGGAUUAUGUUUUAAUUUGAGAUAUUUAUACAUUUUUGAUAACAAUAUCAAAACUUUACCAUACUCAUUUGGGAACUUGAUUGAAUUAUUAUUCAUUGGUAUUGAAGGAAAUCCAUUGGAUCCAAAAUUUUCAAAUUUGAUUUCUGAAAAAGGAACUAAAGAAUUGAUUUCUACAUUGAGAGAUCAAACCACUAUUACUAGAACCCCACAACCACGUCCAUGGUUAACUUUAGAAGAUGAUGGAGAAGUGGCUGAUUCAAAUGAAGCAUAUAACCUGGUAGCAACUACCACAUCAUCAGGAGAUAGUUUCACUGUGUUAUCAUACAAUACAUUAUGUCAACAUUAUGCUACUCCAAAAAUGUACAAAUUCACACCAUCGUGGGCUUUGGAUUGGGAAUACAGAAAGAAUUCUUUGGAGAAUGAAAUUUUAGGUUACAGUACUGAUAUUAUUUGUUUACAAGAAGUUGAAACUAGAACAUUUAAUGAAUUCUGGCUUCCAUUGAUGACAUCAAAGGGCUACCGUGGUCAUUUCUACAGCAAAACAAGAUCCAAGACCAUGCAAGACAGUGAAUCCAAAAAGAAGGUCGAUGGAUGCGCCACUUUCUAUAGAGGUGAAAAGUUUAGUUUAUCCAAUAAGCAAAAUUUUGAAUAUGCCAGUGCCUGGUUAGGAAAUGAUAGAUACAAGAAAACAGAAGAUGCAUUUAAUAGAUAUGUCAACAAGGAUAAUAUCGCUUUAAUUCUUUUCCUUCAACAUAAAGAAACUGGACAAGAUAUUGCUGUUGUUAAUACUCAUUUGCAUUGGGAUCCAGCAUUUAAUGAUGUCAAGACUUUACAGGUUGGUAUUUUGUUGGAAGAAUUACAAGUUACCCUCAAGAGACAAGGCCAAAGUGGAGAUGAUAUCAAGAAUGCUUCCAUCAUUGUAUGUGGUGAUUUGAAUUCCGUUAAAGAUAGUGCUGUGUAUCAAUUAUUUUCCACUGGUGUUUCUAAAGAUCACGAAGAUUUAAGUGAUAGAGAUUUCGGUAAAUUCACCGAAGAAGGGUUCCAUCAUCCAUUUAAAUUGAAAUCUGCUUAUGAAACUGUUGGCGAAUUACCAUUCACCAAUAUGACACCUGGUUUCACUGAUAAUAUUGAUUAUAUUUGGUAUUCCACUCCUACUUUACAAGUUAAAGGAUUACUUGGUAAAGUUGAUGAAGAGUAUACUAGUCAUUGUAUUGGUUUCCCAGAUGCCAAUUUCCCAUCUGAUCAUGUUCCUAUAUUAGCCAGAUUUCAAGUCAAAAAGGGUAGCAAUGCCAAAAAGCCAGACUUCAAGCCAGACUUUAAAACUGGACCAUCCAGAAAAACUUAG